UCUCCUUUUUCGUUUUUCCUCUUCGCUCCUCCCCCCUCUCUCUCUCUCUCUUGCUAGCUUCGCUCUUCAUUUCUUGCAGUUUUCUUCUUCUUCGAUCCAUGGCUUCGUCAAGUUCUGGAAGCACUGUUCCUGCGCCAGAGGCCGUGCAGGUGCUUGUUUCUUCGCUUGCAGAUGAAGCUCCUAUGGUCAGGGAAGCCUCCACUGCCGCUCUCAAGGAUAUCGCUGCUCUGAACCCAUUGUUGGUUCUUGACUGUUGCUCCACUGUUUCUCGAGGAGGGCGCCGGCGUUUCGGGAACAUGGCUGGAGUUUUCCAAGUGAUGGCAUUUGCCGUACGAGCUUUGGACAAGAAAGAUGUUGAUCCUCCAUUCGUGGCAAAACUCGCUAAGAUCGCCACUGCGGAGAUGAUCUCGUCAAAGGAACUUAAUUCUGAUUGGCAAAGGGCUGCUUCUAGUCUACUUGUUUCAAUAGGCUCUCAUUUGCCUGAUCUGAUGAUGGAUGAAAUUUUUCUCCACCUGUCGGGAACCAAUUCAACUUUACCAGCUAUGGUUCAAAUACUUGCAGACUUUGCUUCAGCUGAAGCUUCUCAGUUCACCCCACAAUUAAAAGGUGUUCUUUCCCGAGUUUUGCCUAUACUUGGAAAUGUUAGAGAUGCACAACGACCAAUUUUUGCACAUGCAUUUAAGUGCUGGUGUCAGGCUGCUUGGCAAUACAGUGGAGAUUUUCCAUCUAAUGCACUUCUUGAUAGUGAUGUCAUGUCAUUUCUUAAUUCUGCUUUUGAACUUCUAUUGAGGGUUUGGGCAAAUUCUAGAGAUCUGAAGGUGCGUGUCUCUUCUGUGGAGGCACUAGGUCAGAUGGUUGGUCUCAUUACUAGGUUGCAACUAAAGGCAGCUUUACCAAGACUUGUUCAAACUAUAUUAGAAUUGUAUAAAAAAGAUCAAGAGGUCGCCUUUUUGGCAACUUGUAGUCUGCAUAAUGUCCUAAAUGCCUCUUUAUUGUCAGAAGAUGGUCCUCCUUUGCUUGAUUUUGAGGAACUUACAGUUAUCUUGGCCACGCUUCUCCCAGUUGUCUGCAUUAAUAGUGAAAACAAGGAGCAUUCCGACUUUUCAGUGGGACUGAAGACAUAUAAUGAAGUUCAGCACUGCUUUCUGACUGUUGGUUUGGUAUAUUCUGAGGAUCUCUUUAUGUUUCUUCUGAAUAAAUGCAGGUUAAAGGAAGAACCUUAUACAUAUGGGGCACUUUGUGUCUUAAAGCAUCUCUUGCCCAGGUUGUCUGAAGCUUGGCAUGCUAAAAGGCCUUUACUUGUUGAGGCUGUCAAGUUGCUUUUAGAUGAGCAGAGCUUAGGAAUCCGUAAGGCACUCUCUGAGUUGAUAGUGGUUAUGGCAUCAAACUGUUACGUGGUUGGUCCUUCAGGAGAGUUGUUUGUUGAAUAUCUUGUACACCAUUGUGCCAUCUCAGAUCAGGAGUUGAACAAUUUUGAGAACUCCAAGGAUGUUCGAUCAAGCAUUUCUUUCCAUGCAUUCCAACAAAAGAGACUGGAGGUGAAGAUUGGGGCUGCUUGUCCAGCAGAGUUGAGAUCAAUUUGUGAGAAGGGUCUUCUUUUGCUGACUAUUACUAUUCCUGAAAUGGAGUAUGUUCUUUGGCCUUUUCUUUUGAAGAUGAUUGUCCCAAGGAAGUAUACUGGGGCAGCUGCCACGGUUUGCAGAUGUAUCUCUGAACUAUGUAGGCACAGAUCAUCUUAUGCCAGUUCAGUUCUUACUGACUGUAAAGCUCGUACUGACAUUCCCAACCCUGAGGAUCUCUUUGCACGGUUGGUGGUUCUUUUGCAUGAUCCUCUUGCCAGGGAGCAGUUGGCUACUCAGAUUUUGACGGUUUUGUGCUAUUUGGGACCUCUCUUUCCCAGGAAUGUCAGUUUAUUUUGGCAAGAUGAGAUUCCAAAAAUGAAGGCAUAUGUCAGUGAUACGGAAGACUUGAAGCAGGACCCUGCUUAUCAAGAGACUUGGGACAACAUGAUUAUUAAUUUUCUUGCAGAAUCUUUGGAUGUGAUUCAAGACCCUGAAUGGUUGAUAUCUUUGGGAAAUGCUUUUACCAAACAAUAUGAACUUUAUACAUCUGAUGAUGAACAUACAGCACUACUUCAUAGAUGCCUGGGAAUGCUUCUCCAGAAAAUUGAUGACAGGGCAUAUGUUCGUGAGAAGAUUGACUGGAUGUAUAGACAAGCUAAUAUCUCGGUGCCCACAAAUAGGCUUGGUCUAGCGAAAGGCAUGGGGCUGGUUGCAUCCUCACAUUUGGAUACUGUAUUGGAAAAGCUGAAAGAUAUUCUUGAUAAUGUUGGACUAAACUUUUUCCAAAGGUUUCUCUCUCUCUUCUCUGAAAGAGUUAAAAUGGAAGAUGCUGAUGAUAUACAUGCUGCUUUAGCUUUGAUGUAUGGAUAUGCCGCAAGAUAUGCCCCUUCAACAGUUAUUGAAGCAAGAAUAGAUGCACUUGUGGGGACUAAUAUGCUCUCACGUCUUCUUCAUGUCCGCUGCCAUACAGCAAAGCAAGCUGUUAUCACUGCUAUUGAUCUAUUAGGUCGUGCUGUCAUCAAUGCUGCUGAAAGUGGUGCAUCGUUUCCCUUGAAAAGAAGAGACCAAUUGCUUGACUAUAUACUGACUUUGAUGGGUCGAGAUGAUACUGACAGCUUUGCUGAUUCUAGUCUUGAGCUUCUCCGCACUCAGAGCCUUGCUUUAAGUGCCUGUACCACUUUGGUUUCUGUGGAGCCAAAGUUAACGAUUGAGACAAGAAAUCAUGUCAUGAAGGCCACUUUAGGUUUCUUUGCUUUGCCAAGUGAUCCCUCAGAUAUUGUUGAUCCCCUUAUAAACAAUCUCAUAACUCUCUUAUGUGCGAUUCUUCUUACAAGUGGGGAAGAUGGUAGAAGUCGAGCAGAGCAGUUAUUACAUAUUCUUAGACAAAUUGAUCUGUAUAUCUCCUCUUCCAUGGAACAUCAAAGAAAGAGAGGUUGCAUAGCAGUUCAUGAGAUGCUUCUGAAGUUCCGAGCACUUUGUUCCAGUGGAUAUUGUACCCUUGGUUGCCAUGGGAGUUGUGUGCACACCAAGCAAAUUGACCGCAUGCUUCAUGGAAAUUUUUCAAACCUGCCAUCAGCAUUUGUAUUGCCAAGUCGGGCCUCCUUAUGUCUGGGAGAAAGAGUCAUAGUUUAUCUUCCACGUUGUGCUGAUACUAGUGCCGAAGUCAGAAAAGUUUCAGCCCAGAUUCUUGAUAUACUAUUCAGCAUAUCUCUUUCACUCCCAAGACCAGCAGAAUCCAACAUUAGUUUCAAUGCAGAAUUGUCUUAUGGUGCUUUGUCCUCCCUUGAGGAUGUCAUUGCCAUUUUGAGAAGUGAUACUUCUAUUGACCAGUCAGAGGUUUUUAAUAGGGUAUUAUCCUCUGUCUGCAAUUUGCUAACUAAAGAUGAGCUUGUAGGCACCUUACAUGGUUGUACUGCUGCUAUAUGCGAUAAGGUCAGACAAUCAGCAGAAGGGGCCAUUCAAGCUGUGGUUGAGUUUGUUACAAGAAGGGGAAUUGAGUUGAACGAAAUGGAUGUUUCAAGGACAACACAUGCUUUGCUCUCUGCAACAUUGCUUGUACCUGAGAAACAUUUGCGCCAUGAAAUUCUUGGUGCUAUAUCCUGUCUAGCUGAGAACACCAGUUCACAAGUUGUGUUCAAUGAAGUAUUAGCUGUUGCAGGAAGGGAUAUAUUGAGAAAGGAUAUAUCCAGGUUACGUGGUGGCUGGCCAAUGCAGGAUGCCUUCUAUGUAUUUUCCCAGCAUACAGUACUCUCAGUUCUUUUCCUUGAGCAUGUGGUAUCUAUUCUUAACCACACACCAAUCCCAAAAGCUGAUUCAGAGAAAGGAGGCAGUUGUAAUUUGUUUGACACUCAAAUUGAGGACAACAUUCUCCAAGCAGCUCUUCUUGCUCUAACUGCCUUGUUCAGGGGUGGUGGAAAGGUUGGGAAAAAAUCUGUUGAGCAAAGUUAUGCUGCUGUUCUUUCUACGCUUACACUUCAUUUGGGAAGUUGCCAUGGUCUAGCAGGAUCUGAUCAGCAGGAAAGCUUGCGGACUCUUUUGGCAGCUUUCCAGGCAUUCUGUGAAUGUGUUGGGGAUCUUGAAAUGGGAAAGAUAUUAGCCAGAGAUGGAGAACAAAAUGAAAAUGAGAAGUGGGUCACUCUUAUUGGGGAUUUGGCUGGCUGCAUAUCUAUAAAAAGACCUAAAGAGGUUCCAGCAAUAUGCAUAAAUCUUUGUAAAGCUUUGAAUGGACACCAAACAUAUCAAAGAGAAUCUGCAGCAGCUGCAUUAUCUGAGUUUGUCCGGUAUAGUGAUAGAGUUGGUUCCUUGUUGGAACAGUUAGUUGAAGCCAUGUGUCGACAUGUUUCAGAUGAGUCACCUACCGUAAGACGUUUGUGCCUAAGAGGGCUUGUGCAGAUACCAUCUGUCCAUAUUCUUCAAUACACUACUCAAAUUCUUGGGGUAAUAUUAGCUUUACUCGAGGAUCCAGAUGAAUCAGUUGAAUUAACUGCAGUAUCAUGUUUACUUACUGUACUUGAAUCAUCACCUAAUGAUGCUGUGGAUCCUGUUUUGCUUAGCCUUUCAAUACGACUGCGAAAUCUCCAAAGUUGCAUGAAUGAUAAGAUGCGAGCCAAUGCCUUUGCAGCAUUUGGAGCACUUAGCAAGUAUGGAGUUGGUGCGCAACAUGAAGCUUUUCUUGAGCAGGUGCAUGCUUCCUUGCCACGGCUGAUUCUCCAUGUUCAUGAUGAUGAUCUUAGUGUCCGACAGGCUUGCCGAAAUACUCUUAGACAGAUAGUGCCCUUGAUGGAAGUUGACAGCAUGACUGCUCGCUUCAACACACACUACUUCAAUUCUGACCACCGAAGCGAUUAUGAGGACUUCAUCAGGGACCUUACCAGGCAACUUUGCCAAAACUUUUCCCCCAGGAUUGAUACGUACAUGGCAUCAGCAGUUCAGGCUUUUGAUGCUCCUUGGCCAAUAAUCCAGGCAAAUGCUAUUUACUUUUCCAGCUGCAUGCUUUCACUUUCGGAUGACCAGCGCAUCUCUACUCCUUUCUUUGCACAGGUAUUUGGGAUGUUGACUGGUAAAAUGAGUCGCUCACCAGAUGCAGUCGUUCGAGCAACUUGCCUUUCAGCUUUAGGCAUGUUAUUAAAAUCUUCCAAUUCAACAUCAUGGAGAACAUCAAGACUAGAUUGAGUUGACUCAGUACGUAAAGGUCAUGAUUCCUGGUCAAUUAAGAAGGAAAACCAACCGAAACCAUUGUGCUCUUCACAGAGUAGAGCUGGCAGCAGCUGCAUCUGAUCUGCAGAUACAGAACAAGAAAUGUGUAUCAAAUGUGUAAAAAAGAGUGAACGUGCUGCAAUCAUGGGGUAUGGAUCUGAUUGGCGUUGGGAAGUUAUAUCCUCAUUGUGUAUCAGAUGUAUAAACAAAAAUGUAUAGAUGCUGAUCAAUGUAAUCGUAAUGGCGUAAUUUAUGUAAUAUUAAAGUGUGAAUAUGAUGAUGUGAAUUGAUGUUGCACUGCGAAUGUAUCGCCCCAAAGAACUACAUGACAAUUUUUCAUGCAAACUUGUAGAGCGAUUGGUUUCUUGGCUUGA